AUGUCUGCUCCUUCACAUUCUUCCAUUAUGUCCUUUUCGUCUUCCAGUAAAUACUUAUUUGUAUUGUCAUUGUACUCUGAAUUUCAAUAUGGUUCUCUGGUGAAGCUAUUCUUGGUGGUUCAACUUAAGUUAAAUGCUUUCAUUCCAAAAUUGGAUACUUUGUUAGCGCAAUUUAAUGUUGAUAUCAUUGUUUCCCCACAAAGUUGGUUUGGAGAUACAAAACUUUCUCUUUUGGUCUACUUACAUGGUGGAGGCUGUUUGAUCAAAUCUGCAUACUCUUCUAUAUAUCACGCGCACCUUAAUGUAGUAGUUGCAGAAGCUGGUGGUGUAACAGUUUCAAUUAACUAUCGGCUCGCCCCUGAGCAUCAUUUGCCUAUUGCUUAUGAAGAUUCUCAAAUUAUAGUCAAAUGGGCUGCCCCUCAUUCAAAUGGCGAGGGUCCUGAGGUAUGGCUUAGGGAUUAUGCUGGUUUUGAUAGGGUGUUUUUUGGUGGGGAUAGUGCUGGUGACAAUUUAGUACAUAACAUGGCAUCAAGGGUUUGGCGGAAGAUGCUAGAUGACUUCAAUCUUGAUGUGAUUUUUCUCAAUUGUCCUUAUUUUUGGGGGAAAGAUCUAAUUAGUAUUGAGUUAACGAAAUUACGGGCGAAUGCCUAUGUUAAGGGCAUUUGGUAUUAUGUUAAUCCAAAAUCUACGGGAGUUGAUGAUCCAUUGUUGAAUUCUCUAAUGGAACCAAACAUUUCGAGGCUAGACUUUGUCGUUGCUAAAAAAGUUGGCUACUUUCAUCAACAAGAAUAUUGUGUAGAUGCAUCUUUAAGUGGAUAA